AUGCUCCUGAUCAGAGCCGGAAUAGCUGAGGCGCAACUCAACAAAAGAAAACUCCGGUCAACAUGCUCAACCAUCGCGAAAUACGUUUGGAUCGGUCAGAAGACUCUCGAGGUCGUUGACUAUUUCUACACCGAUGUCGAUGAUUAUGUCAAGGGUGUCUGUGAAAGACAAAAUAAACAAUAUUGUGCUUCCAUCCUCACAGAGGUCAGAGCUGCAUUUGACCUGGCCUUGAAGCUCCUUCGGAAAGCUGAGACUGCUAUUGCUCUCGCCUACGCGAAUGUUAAUUUAUUGAACCUCAACCCCCGGUCUCUCCCAAGCGACCCGUACUACAUAGAAGCUCUCAAGCAACUACACCUUUGA